AUGGAAAACCAAAUGCAAAAUUCCAUCAGAUAUUCAGUCGUUUCGACCACUAUUGAAAUUUCUAAACAUAUUGAAAUUGGUAAAUUAAUUGGUCGUAAAGGACGUAACCUAAAACCAAUUGCUGAAAAGACUGGUACACAUAUACACGUGAUUGACAAUACAAAUCCAGCACAGAUUGAAAUUAAAAUAAUUAAAGGUAGGGUUGGAAAUAGUUCUCCUGGGAAGAGGAUCGACGAAACAAAAUUUCAAGUAGACAAGUUACUAAAAGAUAUCGAAACAAGAAAUCAAAGAAAAAAUAUAGAAAAAGUGGAAAAAAAUGUUAGAAUUUCAGAUAAUAGUAACCAUCAAAAAGCAACACCAAGAAAUCAUAAAGAUAACGAUAUGAAGGAAAAAAGAAAAAAGUUUAAACGAAAAAUGCCGCAUACGACCAAAACACGACAAGCAAGAUAUUUUUAA